UUUAAGUUUGUCAAAGAAAGAUGUAGAUGGACACUACCUGAGGCCAAAGCUGAAGUUAAACUCCAUGAUGUUGAACUGAAAGAACCAUCUGCUGAAGUGGAAAUCAAAGCUCCUGAUAUCAAGGUUGGGACAAAGGAUAAAGAUGGAUCACCAUCAAAAUUUAAGAUGCCAACAUUCAAAUUACCAAAAUUUGGAAUUGGUUCUCCAAGUGCCACCAUGGAAGUGCCCGAUGUAGACAAAGAUGUUAAAAUCGAUGGAGCUGACAUGAAAAUACCUGAAGAGGUUCUCAGAGUUGAGAUUGCAGCACCCAGCAUUGACACUGAAGGUCCAUCAAUUGAUAUCAAAGCUACUGGAACAGAAUAUGAAGGAAAAGGAAGCAAAUUCAAAAUGCCAAGUCUUGGUUUUUCUGUGCCUCAAGUCAAAGGGCCUAAUAUUGAUUUAAGCUUAUCAAAGAAGGAUGUAGAUGUGACACUACCAGAAGCCAGAGCUGAAGUUCAACUCCCUGAUGUGGAACUAAAAGAGUCCUCUGCCAAAAUGGAAAUUAAAGCUCCAGGAAUUGAUGUUGAAACCAGUAGUAAUUGA